AUGCACCGAGUUCCUGUUGCCCUGAUGGUGUGCAGCUGGAUGUGUUUCCACCCCCUCUCCAAGCCUGCCGCGCCGCUUUCCGACGUUUUCCCCUCCCACUUCGAAUUUCCUUCGCCUCCCCCCGCCACCAAGUCCUCCCCCCAGCCAACUGGCGCCCCUCUCCCUCCAUCCACCGGGCGGCGUCGCCCCGGCCCACCCAAGGGCCGAGACGCCACCGCCGGCGGCCACCGUCCCGAAGCCAGUGGGCCGGCCCCUGCUUGCGGGGGUGUUUACUGGGACCCCCGUAGGCCCGAGGGGACCGAGCCACCGGGGUCACCCUGCCAAGGGCCCCGACCGCCAGUCCCCCCGUGCCCCCGGCAUGUCCCAGCAACGCACCGCUUCCGCAUAACAGGCCGACAUCCAUCUGGCCCAGGACCGGCCCAGUCGGGCAAAACGUCGGACGACUUUGGACUUGGCCGUUUGAACGAUCCUCCCACUCACGUGAUACCUUCACCAACUGGGCCCCCCUUCCCCAUCUCACGCCGGCGCUCCCCUGUCACCCGCCCCUGGCCCCUGCCCGCCAACUGCCCAUCCCCACCCGGCCAACUGAUCGACCGGCCUCCCUCCCAUCUCCCCUCCCCAUCUGAGCGCCGCCAACUGGGCAACCGCCGCUCCAUGUCAGUGCCACCGACUGGCCUAUCCUGCCAUCUGCCACGCCCAUCUCGGCGGCGCCGACUGCUCAGCCGCCCGCGCCCGCCACUCCUCCUAUCCAAGUUGGCCCGUCAACUGGCCAAGGCCUCACCUCAUGGCCUAUCCUGA